AUGGAAUCUCCAGCCGAGACCCUAAAGGUCCUCACCGCUUGCAAGUUGCUCAACACAACUCCUGGGAAAAUUACGCCUAAACGCUUCUUGCAAAUAUUCCUGGAGUCCGAGAACUCCGACAUCGCAUACUUGCGUCGGCUUUGGGCCCAGCCCAGGGGUAUUGGAUCAACCAUGUAUCUGGUUAAGCUCCUGCGUGACGAGAUCAUGAGCUCAGACGGGGGUAGCAAGGAGUGGACCGACUUUAUUCAGAAGGAGGCCGUUAAUGUCCUAGUGUCCCAGGAGCCGCCGAGGGGUUAUUAUCCGCGUGGCUCCUUCCAAAGCUCGGUGUCGGUCAAGGAAUCUUUUUUUUCACCUCAAGAGCAGCAGGUUCAACAGGCUCACUUGACUCAAGAUCACAUGCCGUUCAUGUACGGUCUCAUUAAUGGAAUGCUUCAAGCGGGUGGGGUUGUGGAUGACCACACAGGCGAUGAAGAUGAGCCUGACUCUCAUGAUCUUCACUUUUCCCCAGACGGAUUUGGAGAGGUGAGCUACUACCAUGGCCUCUUGGGCCAGGAACGUAUCAAUGCACGCUUUGCUCGGAUUGCGACCACCAUAUGCGGAAUGGUUGCAUUUGCCCAUAACCGCAGGCACAAUGGAUUGCAAUUAACUAAUGCUAUCCGGUUCACCGCCUGUGGGGUUUCCGAGAGGGUCCAUGAGUACCUACAUUAUCUCGGUUUAUGCUCUUCACGCCGGACUGCCAUGAGUGCCCUGGGCACGUUGGCCUCUGAAGGGCAACGGUCAAUCCGGGGUGCCAUGUCGAUGAAGAGGACGGCUUUGAUUGCUCCAACAAUCUGCAUCGACAAUAUUGACAUGGUCCAAGGGGUCCAUGAUUUAUCCGUCAGCAACCGUGCCAAGACGUUCCGAGGGACCUGGGGCUACAUCCAUGUGCCCAGCAACACUUUGCUGAAAACUCUUAACCCAGAAGAGCUGACGUUGGCAUCUUAUCAUGAUUCGCUAAUCAAGGCGAAGUCAUUCUCCAUUGAGCCCAAACAUUUCCUGCCCAAUCCCGAGGCGGCAAUUAGUGAGAUGAGGGUUUGGAAAAGUCAGAUAGCCAAGGUACUAAUGGAGAACAUCGCUGAACCAUCUCACAAAUGCACAUCUAUUCCAACUGUGCCUCCACCGAUCGAAGUGAUCAGUCAUGAGAAGCCUGUGAUCCACAUGCUCAAGCUGAUGGACGUCUCCGACAACUCGGCCGAGAGUAUUGGGCAGGUCUUCGGUACUAUCUUGAAACAAUCUGGCCUGAGCGAGGAGGAUUUCUACGGGCGCCUCCAGCCCAUGGACGGCGACUUGGGGACCGUCCAGAACUUCAACUCCUUAAGAUCCCAGCGUUAUCCAAGCCCUUACGGCAAGGAGAGCCUCAAUAAUAUCAUCUUUCAGCUGGGGGCUUCUCAUACUCUUUGGAACAUUGCAUCGACUAUAUUUACUCAUCAUUUUGGUGACGCCUCCGACCAGUCGAACGUGGGGGCCUGGCAGUUCUUGGAGGCGUUGGGUUUCCCAUCGGAGAAGGCCAUUCAAAAGAAGGAUUUCAACCUGAUGAUCAAUCAAAUGGAAAAGAUCUUGGAGGCUUCUUUGUACUACUGCUUGCGGUUGGUCAUGAAGACCGAGUUUCAGGAUAUUGGGGAGAAGCGUACGACCAUCCCUACUGACCAAUGGAAUGACAUCGUCGAAACAUGUUACCAGCGAUUCUGUUCCCCUGAAGCUCGAAGUGCAGCCGCCCUAGACAAGAACACUAAACUCAGCAACACUUUGAUCAUGAUGCAUGACUUCUCUUCGGUGGUCGAGGCCAAAAGAUCCAUGAGCUCGGGUGACAUCGGUCGACUAAUGAACGUUUGGAAGAAGUGGUGCCUCAUGACCCAGGGGCUCAAAGGUCUGACCAAUUAUUCCUCGUACCUCCCUCGAAUGGUCCUAUUGUUAAACGAGAUAUUACCUCCGGCACUUGGCAAGUUUCUCAAACACAACCUAUUAUUCUCGCCUACCGGCCGGAAGGAUCAUUUUGUCGCCAAGGACAAUUACUUGGAGUGUCAGAAUUAUUGGCUGAAGUACGUAUACAACAACACCGGCAAUGGGACUAAGAUUGACCGGCUAAGAGACCUCUUUUCGACUAACAUCUUAUUGCUACAGGGCAUGUUUCAGUCGCUAAAGGUCGACUGUGGCGCCACAGUAAUACAUCAGUCCCACAAGAACCGGUUGGACCAAUGGUCCCUGGCAAUGUUCAUGCAGAUGGGCAAUCACCGCGACAUCCUUAAUCAAUUCCCAACCCAGCACCCCACUUCAAUUGCGCCGAUUGAUAACACAUAUCUCACCGGGUUGGCAAAAUUGAAGAAGACGAUCCGAACCAGUGACCCUCAGCUGAAAAAAUUCACUAAACAUCUAUUACCUAAAGGCCAACCGAGCAUGAUGCGUGAAGGUGUAGUCGAAGACAGUGAGGACGAAGAUGAUAGUGUAGUAGACAUGUAG